AAGAUGGCGGCGGCUGCAGCCGCACGAGCAGCUUCAGUGGGUUCAGGCCUGAGGGGUAUACAACCGACAGUACCUCUUGUAGUGAUUCUCGGGGCCACAGGCACCGGCAAAUCCACCCUGGCGCUGCAGCUAGGCCAGCGGCUUGGUGGAGAGAUCAUCAGUGCUGACUCCAUGCAGGUCUAUGAAGGCUUAGACAUCAUCACCAACAAGGUUUCUGCCCAAGAGCAGAGACUCUGCCAGCAUCAUAUGAUCAGCUUUGUGGAUCCUCUUGUGACAAAUUUCACAGUGGUGGACUUCAGGAACAAGGCAACUACUCUGAUUGAAGAUAUAUUUGCCCGAGACAAAAUUCCUAUUGUCGUGGGAGGAACAAAUUAUUACAUUGAGUCUCUGCUUUGGAAAGUUCUUGUCAAUACCAAGCUCCAGGAGAUGGACACUGAGAAAGUGAUUGACCGGAAAGUAGAGCUUGAAAAGGAGGAUGGCCAUGUACUUUACAAACGCCUAAGCCAAGUGGACCCAGAAAUGGCUGCCAAGCUACACCCACAUGACAAGCGCAAAGUGGCCAGGAGCUUGCAAGUAUUUGAAGAAACAGGAAUAUCUCAUAGUGAAUUUCUUCAUCGACAACAUGCAGAGGAAGGUGGUGGUCCCCUUGGAGGCCCUCUGAAGUUCCCUAACCCUUGCAUCCUCUGGCUUCAUGCUGACCAAACAGUUCUAGAUGUGCGCUUGGAUAAGAGGGUAGAUGACAUGCUUGCUGCUGGACUUUUGGAGGAACUAAGAAAUUUUCACAGACGGUAUAAUCAGAAGAAAGUAGCUGAAAAUAGCCAGGACUAUCAACAUGGUAUCUUCCAAUCAAUUGGCUUCAAGGAAUUUCACGAGUACCUGACUACUGAGGGAAAAUGCACACCAGAGACUAGUAACCAGCUCCUAAAGAAAGGUAUUGAGGCUCUGAAACAAGUGACUAAGAGAUAUGCCCGGAAGCAAAACCGAUGGGUUAAAAAUCGUUUUUUGAGCAGACCUGGUUCCAAUGUCCCCCCAGUCUAUGGCUUAGAGGUAUCUGAUGUCUCGAAGUGGGAGGAGUCUGUUCUUGAACCUGCUCUUGAAAUCGUACAGAGUUUCAUCCAGGGCCACAAGCCUGUAGCCACUCCAAUAAAGAUGCCAUGCAACGAAACUGAGAACAAGAGAAGUUAUCACAUGUGUGACCUCUGUGAUCGCAUUAUCAUUGGAGACCGAGAAUGGGCAGCACAUUUAAAAUCCAAAUCCCACUUGUACCAACUGAGGAAAAGAAGAAGAUUGGACUCAGAUGCUGUCCCCACCUUAGGAACUCACAGUAUUUCCCCAGAGCCUGACAAAGAGCUUGAAGAGAAUGGAUCCUCAGGGCAAAAUGAUCAAGAGCUGAAACCCAGCAUUUAAGAGAUGUCUAGUGUCCUGUGCAAAGGUG